CGUGACGUCGCCAGCAGCUGGAGCCGGAUAUCCGCCACGACCGGAUAAAUCCCAUAUUUGGGCAUUCUUAGCAGGCGCAAUGGCAGCUUACAUUGUGUGCGAACGGCUAGCUUGACGCUGAUUGUGUAGUGUAAAUGAUCGACUUUUAGACAUUUUCAAUCCAUGAUCGAGACGGAUGAGUGGCGGAUUGGAACGUAUAUAUUUUUGAAAAUGUCAAAAACCAAGUGCUAGCGACCGCUCCGUCAAACCACCACCAAGCCGAGACCACUUAGCACGGCGUUAGCAUCCCCAACACCGUUUGCGUAUUUUCUCGCUAUUCGCACCUCCCCCGACUCUCUCACCCGGUGUCAGCCGCUCUCCAUGCCCGAGGAUGAACAGCUUCUCCCUCGGCGAGUUGUGCUGGCUCUUCUGCUGCCCGCCGUGUCCGAGUCGCAUCGCGGCUAAGCUGGCGUUCCUGCCGCCUGAGCCCACCUACUCCAUCCACACAGACGCGAGCGGCGCGACGAGCCUGCAUCUCACCGAGCGCGCCGACUGGCAGUACUCCCAACGCGAGCUGGACGCCGUCGAGGUGCUGGUGACCCGAACCAGCCGGGGAAACCGGGUCGGCUGUAUGUUCGUCCGCUGCGCGCCCGCUAGCCGCUACACGCUGCUGUUCUCCCACGGGAACGCCGUGGAUCUGGGCCAGAUGUGCAGCUUCUACAUCGGACUCGGCUCCAGGAUCAACUGCAACGUGUUCUCCUAUGAUUACUCGGGUUACGGGGUCAGUACCGGGAAACCGUCCGAGAAGAACCUAUACGCUGAUAUCGAAGCGGCCUGGCAGGUGCUGAGGAACAACAGGUGCUGAUAUUGAUAUCUAAAG